ACUUCCCUGCCAUACAUGUCUUUUUGGUAGUACUUCACUUUAGACAGAAAUAAGCAUUUUUAAGUUGUAAAACGCCUAUUUCCUUCCAUUGCGCCAGUUCAGGACUAGAGGAAAUAUAUUAUUCCUUAAAAAAAGUUAGGUUUACUUUUACUAACAUUUAUAAUGGUCGGAACAACGUUCGUUGCUGAAACUUUUACAAAGUCUGUCUUGCAGUGCUUCUGCAGAACUUGCCAAGUGCCUAAUGUAGAGAAAAAAGUGCUCUCGCCUCCACCUCGAACUUCGGCCUGCGUUGUAAGAAGGCCGCCGAAGAAAGUCGCCUUUCUGGCCACUGAAGUUAGGUGUUCUGAACAGUCAAAAGGUGGCCUUAAGUAUGAGCUUGUGCUAGCAGAACCAACCUUGGAUUCUCCCAAAGCAGUUUCUCAAACUCCUCCAAAAUCAAAUAUUUCCAUUGAAGAUAUUGAAAAGAAACUCAGAGCUGCUGAAGAAAGGAGACAGUCCAUCGAGCUGCAAAAAAUCAAUCUGGUCACUGAGAAGUUAAAUCAUUUAGAAACUGUUAAGGUAAAGAAGGAAGAAGUAAAUCAUAAUUUCAUGCAAUCAGCCAAAGAGAAUCUAGAACAGAAGUUAGAAUGUAUGAAAGAAAAUAGGGAAACACACAUAAAAAAUAUCCAAGAAAAAGCCAGGGAAAUAGUUCAAAAAGUUGAUGAAAAACGUAAAGCUGGUGAUUCGCCAGACAGAGAAGAAAAACUUGAGGCUAUCAAUAAAAAGUUAGUUGUUGCCCAAGAGCAACGUGAAGCUUUGCUUGCUUCCCUUCAGGAGCGACUGAAAGAGCAUGAUAAACAUAUUCUGGAAGUAAAGAAACAAAUGGAAGAACAAACAGAAAACCUUAGAGAAAAAAGCAUUAAGAAGUUAGAAAUUGCUCAGGCAAAGCGUGAAGCUCUUAUGAAGGAAAUCCAAGAGAAAAUCAAGGAACAUAAAGCACAUAUUCUAAGAGUUCGACAAAUGAAUGAGCUUAAUCAGCAAGAAGGUGGAGACAAAUUGCAGCAGAUCCAUAAAAAGUUGUGCACUGCCGAACUAAAACGAUCUGAGCAAAUUCAAGCAAUGUUGGAAAAACUUCAAGAGCAUGAACGACAUGUGGUACAAGUGCGUCAGAAAGCAUUAUCAGUGAGCAAUGAUGAAAAUUGCAAAGAAAAUAUCGAAGCUUUUUCUGGAUAAACAAUUCUGUUGUGCUCCAACUUCAUAAUUGCAGUUUGAACUCUUAUUUCAAUUUUGAUUUAUUUUUGUGUUUGGAACUUACAUAAUAUGUCUUGUACUUUCUUGUUAGUAUGUUAUUUUUGAUACUUGGAAAGAUCGUUCUAAUUUUUUAAAGAUUUACACUUUCUGAUUUAUGUAAUAAAUGUCUGCAUUGCAAUGCAGUAAAUGACCUCUGGUCUUCUGAGAGGCAUAUGUUAGUGUAACCAAAAAUAUGCAUCAAGUAUCUAUAAAAAGUAAAGAACCAAUAUGGCAACAAGUGCUUAUGUAGUAAUAAGAUUUUAGGUCUUCUUUUUAUAUGUUCUAAUACAUUUUAAUCAGUCUGUUCUAUAACUAAUAGAAUUAUUAUCACUGAUUAAAAUAUGCUACUUAAUUAUGCGAAAACUUAAAUUAUGCUCUUUAUUAUGAUAAAUUACUGAAGAUUUGUAUUGCUAAAUAGCAUUCAUUCUUAAGGUAAUUUGGGAAGAAAAGAAAAAAAAAAAUUGUCUAUUGGAGCAGUGUUGCUUGCCCUGUUGAAAAACACUUAUUUUUACAAAGGCCAGGUGCCAUAUUUUGGUCUGUUUGUAAUUUCUAUACUUUUUAACUAGUGUGUAAGAUGUGCUUCUUAAUGUCAAGUUCAAUAAUUAAUGGACCAAUUUAAAUGAUUUUGUAAGUGUAAUUUAAAAAUGCUUUGCCUUACUGUGUGGUUUUUCAUACUGUGAUUUAAAAUUUUAGACUGGUGCUGUCUAACAUGUUACUACAUUUAAGUUCGAAAUAGUUUAACUUUUAUAAGACUUUAUUUUAAAAAUGCUGUUUUUAUAAUCAAUUUUUACCAGUUUGUGGCUUUCAAAAAUAAUUUCUUGUAUAAUAUUGAUAUUAUUACUGGCUGUUUUGUUUAAAUUUCUAUCAAAGCAAGAUAACUUCUAUUUCAGAGCAGGAUUAUUCAAUUUAGUGCUUGCCUGUGCUUAAUAUUACCUAUGUAGUAACAUAAAUGCUCAUUAAAUAUGUCUGAUAAAUGUC